AUGGGCCAGAGGUUUAAUGCAUCUCUAAAUGUUUUUAGAAUUGCUGGAGUGAGCCCUGCAGAGCACCCACUUGAGCCAGACUUUAGCCAAAAGUUGUGCAAGGAGUCACAGCGCAGGUAUGUUACCUGCACUGUUCUCCUGCUGCUCCAUAACCACCUCCUGUCUUCUUCACAUCCAGUGGUGAAAGGAUCCAUCCAAAGUGUCUCCCAUGACUCGGAGAACCACAUGUCCCAGGUUGAUGUCAGAGUCCAGAAGGUCUACAGGCAGAAAAACGGGAUUUUCCAGCAGGAGGAGGGGAGUGGGGAGUGGCGAGGCCCCAUCCGAACCCUUCUUCAGUGCAGGGUGAAGAAGGGAGGGGGAGAUUUCCUCUUCACUGGGCAUGAACACUUUGGGGAAGCCUGGCUGGGCUGUGCCCCUCGGUUUAAGGAUUUCAUGCUGGUUUACCAGGCUGCCAGAGCAAGGGGAGCCAACCCCUGUGAGGUUGAGCUCAACUGACAUGAGAGACACUCCUGCUGAGAGCUGAAAAAUUUCAGCCCAGUCUUUGGAUUCUGAAUCUGGAGUUAAAACCAAGAGUUAAAACCAAGGACUAAAGUUAACAAUUCCACCCAAACUGGACCUGGAGGAUUUCCUGAAGAUAAUGGCUCUGUGAGCCCUGUAAAGUGACUUUUAACUCACAAUAAUUUCUUUUUCAUCACAUUUUCUUUGCCUCACAAAAUAACUCUUGAUUUUGGAAAGACAGUAUUUUGGGGAAGGUUAGAAGCAGCCUGUGCUCAGGAUUAGAAAAGUCUAACAUCUCUUGGUCUGUGUAAAUGUUAUGUGCUUUUUCUCUAGAUAUUUUUCUCCCCUCCCCAAUCUCUGCUUGAUUUCUCUUCCUUUAAAGGCAAAUGUGAAAACUCCCUCUAACCUGGGAGGAAAAAACUACCUCUAAAGUAAAAAAAGCCCUUUCUUCAUCAAGAAUUACUUGAUUUUUAAAAUGGAAUGUAGGUGCUGUAAAAAGUACGUGCUUUUUUCUGACAUUGAAAAAACAUUAAGGAGUUUAAUACAAGCACAAACAAAAUGCAAACUACAUUGCCUCCUUCAAGUUCUGUUGAACUAAUUUAGGAUCAAGAAUUGCUCAUGAUGGUAUUUUCACCUAAAUUAUCUGCCUCUUUUCAAUUAGCCUUUAUUAUUUGAUUGGUGGCUCCUCCCACUCUCCCUUAGUGCUUUAGCCAGACUCACACAAUUGCCUGUAUUUUAUGUAAAUGGAAUUGCUACACCGUAAAAUGAUAUACAAAUGUGCCUACCACCCAGAACCCAAUAAAUGGUGUGAAUAAACCCAUUAUUUCCCAUGUAAUGGCAUCUGGCUGCAGCCUGGGCAACACGGGGCUGACAGAUGUGAGCCCAUGGCAGGGCCUGGAGAAAACUGAACGAGGAGAACUCUGACAGGCCACAAUUAAUUGACUUUUGGAAUGACUCCUCUUUUCCACAGUUCUACUUGGCUGAGCAAGAUUCACAAAUU